UCAUUUCCCGCAAUAUUAGCCGGAGAUUUUUGAAGAAAUUAAACUAGCAAAGAGAUCAUAUUUCAUUGAAUUUAAUGCAUAUAUAGAAGCUCUCAUCUUCUUUACUCUCUAGUUCAUGUUCUUGUUUUCCAUUCUUUGUUAUCUAUAUAUAUAUAUAUAUAUAUUUUAGAGCUUCAUAUAAGAUCAUAGAUGAUGGAAGAGAGGAGUGAGAUGGAUAAGGUUGAUGAAGUGAUGCUACCAGGGUUUAGGUUUCAUCCAACAGAUGAAGAGCUUGUAGGGUUUUAUCUCAAGAGAAAGAUUCAACAAAAACCUCUCUCCAUUGAGCUUAUCAGGCAGCUUGACAUCUACAAAUAUGAUCCAUGGGAUCUUCCAAAGAUGGCGACGACCGGCGAAAAAGAAUGGUAUUUUUACUGUCCAAGAGAUCGAAAAUACAGAAAUAGCGCAAGACCGAACCGAGUCACCGGAGCUGGAUUUUGGAAAGCCACAGGCACAGACAGACCUAUUUAUUCAUCUGAAGGAACCAAAUGCAUUGGCCUUAAAAAAUCUCUUGUUUUCUACAAAGGUAGAGCUGCCAAAGGUAUCAAAACUGAUUGGAUGAUGCAUGAGUUUCGCCUUCCUUCGCUCUCCGAUUCCUCUCUUCCGAAGAGACCUCUCGACAAAAACAUCCCUCCAAAUGAUUCAUGGGCAAUAUGUAGGAUAUUCAAGAAAACAAACACAAUGGCCCAAAGAGCAUUAUCACACUCAUGGGUAUCACAAUCACAAGAGAGCAGUAUUACAACAGCUUCAGAUUUAUACUCAGUUGCAGCACUUCAACAUCCUAAUGCAUUUGAUCAAAAUGGGGGUUUUCAGCAGCAAAACAGUAUUAACUCAUUGGAUGUGACCAGCUUCACAGCCAUCAAUCUUUUGGCUCCACUCUCUAGUAAUAUUUCUACUGCUUCUGCUGCAACUGAAGUUAUACCUUCCAAUCUUAUAUUUUCACCUUCUGAGCUUUCACUGCCAUUACCAUCCAUGCUCAUGAGUUUGCCACCUUCAAGCAUAGACUUUGGACAACAAGCACAGGUUGAUUUGGCUGUUGAGAUGAGUGGGAAUAUAAUUAAUCAGAGUAAUGGAGAAGAUGAUUUGGGCAUGAGAAAGAGUUCAAACUUGCAGUGGUUUCCCUUCAGUUUGGCACCAGGUCUUUGUGAAGAUGAGUGGAAGCAAGUUCAGUUGCCAUGGGAGUCUAGUACUACUGCUGCUUCUACUACAUGUCCUAGUGAACUCUCCACAAAUUACUCUACAAACAAAUGUUAUACUUGAUGGCAUGUGAUGAUGAUGCUGAUGAUGAUGAUGAUGAUAAUGAUGAUGGGUCUAAUUAGUUUUAGCAUGCAUAUAUACUGAGCUUAGUGUUGCUGUUGGCUUGCAUGCAUGCAUGGAGAGUGUUUAAUUAGGGUUUAUUUGUUGUAUUCAAGGGAUGUAUAUGUUUGAUAAGUCUUUUGAGUUUUUUUUGUGUCCAUGUAAUGGUUGCUAGCUGGCUGCUUGUUAACAGUAAAGCUAACAGAAUG